ACGGCGCGCGCGGCGGCGGUGGCGGCUCGUGCUGACAUCACCACCGAUCACCACCUGACUUGUGGAAACAACAUCCAGAAACCUGAUUCAGACCGAUACCGUCCUUAUCAUGAUGAAUCAGACUGCGGAAAAAGGAUCGAAUUCAAGCCGAGACAUGUGUUAGAACAGAUAGCAAAGCGUGUGGACGCGAGAUCUUCCAGACUUUUAAGAAGGAGCUGAAAGAUCAGCGGCCAACUUCCCCCUUUGAGUGUGACCGGAAAAGGCCUCGUCAGCAUCCUCGGACUAAAGUAGGGCGGCCGCACCGAGGACCGCAGCUGCCUGCGCGGGAAAGGAACUGCAUGUUCACUGCCUCACAUCAUGGUUUUGAAGAGUUUCGGCUGAUGGUGAGUCAGGCUGAGGAUGUUCCCCGACUCUGCUCCAGCUGCCCCGCGCCCCUCCGCUCAGCUGCUCGCACUUUGCAGUUGCACCAUGACUGACAGUUGCAUUCGUCACCAUACUGUUUCUCAAGUCACCCAAAUGAUAUGAUUGUAGCUGCCUGGAUUGCAUUCUGUGCCAGCAGAAGCCUUGUUUGGGGCCUGCGGCUCACCAUAGAGCAGCUACUCUUGCUGUGCUUUUGGGAGACUGCGGCUGUAGCUAGGGCCAUGGGCAACAGCUGCGUGUGCAGGGAGGACAGUGAUGUGGAGGAAGGCUCGGCACCCCGUGGCCACCUCCGCCGCAUAGACCAUGCCUCCGCUGAGGUGUCGGAGACGCGGAGCAGCCGCCCACGGGAUCCGGUGAGACCACCCAGACGCGGCCGAGGUCCACACGAGCCCAGACGGAAGAAGCAGAAUGUGGACGGGCUGGUGCUGGAUACGCUGGCUGUCAUUAGGACGCUAGUAGAUAAUGACCAGGAACCACCCUACUCUAUGAUCACUCUGCAUGAGAUGGCAGAGACAGAUGAUGGCUGGCUGGAGGUGGUCCAGUCUCUGAUUCGAGUCAUCCCACUCGAUGACCCUCUGGGCCCAGCUGUCAUCACCCUGUUACUGGAUGAGUGCCCGUUACCCACCAAAGAUGCGCUGCAGAAGCUGUCAGACAUGCUGAACCUUAGCGCUUCUGCGGCACGCCAGGACGCUCUCAUUCCUGCUAAGCACCGCAACACUACCGCUGUGCUGGGCUGCUUGGCUGAGAAGAUGGCAGGCCCAGCCAGCAUCGGCCUCUUGAGCCGUGGCACCUUGGAAUAUCUCCUGGAAAGCUUGAGUCCAGAGGCCCACCCUAUGGUCAUGCUUUUUGCACUUAUUGCUCUGGAGAAGUUCUCACAGACCAGUGAGAACAAGUUGACAGUAUCACAGUCCUGCAUCAGUGACCGGCUGGCGGUGCUGGAGUCGUGGGCCAACCACUCAGAUUACCUGAAGCGCCAAGUUGGCUUCUGCUCCCAGUGGAGCCUGGAUAACCUCUUCUUGAAAGAGGGACGUCAGUUCACUUACGAGAAGGUGAAUCUCGGCAACAUCAAUGCUAUGCUGAACAGUAAUGAUGUCAGCGAGUAUCUAAAGAUUUCCCCAAGUGGUCUUGAGGCCCGCUGUGAUGCUUCCUCCUUUGAAAGUGUGCGCUGCACCUUCUGCGUUGACUCAGGCGUGUGGUACUACGAGGUCACUGUAAUCACAUCCGGGGUCAUGCAGAUCGGCUGGGCCACCAAGGACAGCAAGUUUCUCAACCAUGAGGGCUAUGGGAUAGGGGAUGAUGAGUACUCAUGUGCAUAUGAUGGCUGCAGGCAGCUAAUCUGGUAUAAUGCCCGCAGUAAACCACACUCCCAUCCUUGUUGGAAAGAAGGUGAUGCUGUUGGCUUCCUGCUGGACCUUAGCAAAAAACAGAUGAUCUUUUACUUGAACGGGCACCAGCUCCCUCCCGAGAAGCAGGUCUUUUCUUCAGCCACGUCUGGGUUCUUUGCUGCAGCAAGUUUCAUGUCAUACCAACAGUGUGAGUUUAACUUUGGAGCGAAACCGUUCCGCCAUGCACCGCCCGUCAAGUUCAGCACAUUCAAUGAUUUUGCCUCUCUGGCAUCUGACGAGAAGAUCAUUUUGCCUAGACAUCGUCGCUUAGCUCUGCUGAAGCAGGUGAGCAUCAGAGACAAUUGCUGCACCCUCUGCUGUGACCAGCUGGCUGACACUGAGCUUCGGCCCUGCGGACAUGGUGGGAUGUGCAUGGAGUGUGCCUUACAGCUGGACACCUGCCCGCUGUGUCGUCACGACAUUCAGAGUCGAGUCAGACUCAUCUCUCAUGUGUCCUGACCUACCCCUUUCCCCCCGCAUUCCCACACUAGGGCAGGGGUGUCCCAACCCCCUAUUCCCCCUUUUUCCUUCCCCAGCUUGAGAGCACCAUCUUCCCUGGGACUGCUCAGCUUCUCAGGGUCCUAUGUGGGAACAGGUGGGGAAGUGAGGGGGGGGUUAAGGGCCUGCAGCAAGAGAAGAUGAGGGGAUUUUUUUUUUUUUUUUUUUUUUUUU